GGGGUGGAGCUUGCCGGGGCGGAACCCCUGAGGCGGGAACCGCUGUGGACUGCAUGAGUUCUCCACGACUGGCACCGCGUGGUAGUCGCAGCAGUCCACAGCCCGCAGACUCUGGCCCGUCGGAGACAUAGUCUGUACCCCCAGAAAGAGCACGUCGGGACCACUCCCGUAGUUGGUGCCGGCUAUGAACUGGGAGCAUCCUGCACGCCCGGAAGAAGGCAGGGGGGGCCAGGCCGCGCUGUGUCUUUAAGAAUGCUCUCUUGCUCUUAAUAGAGACCGUGAGUAAGGUGGCCCCUAAUCCCAAGAGAAGCCCUUAGUCUGGGUCUUUAGUUGAGGCAGGAGAGAGGUGAGAAUGCACUGUCUGGGCGUGGAAUUUGGGGAAGUUACUGAUGGCAGAGUGGACCCUACUUUUAGGCAGAACUCUGCGGCCCUGGUAAUUUUGAACAGGGCUCAUGGAAAGGGCAGUUGGGCUCAGUUCCAAGGGGGAGAAGAGCCCCUCACCUGAACUCCGUGUCCACAGUGCCCUACCCUUCAUGGCUCAGGAAGCCCAGUAGCUGGUGAAUCACUGGGGUGAAGGCCGGAAGUUUCAGGCUUCAGUGGUUGGUGGGAGGGCCAGGGAAUCUCUGCUACUGUCUGUCUGUUGGGUCUUGGCCACUCAGUUCUGCAGGUACUUUCCUGGGCUGGGAAGUGCGGCUGGACCGAUGGCCAUCUGCUAGCCUGCCUCAGAACCUCAGCACCGUGCCUGUCGAGUGGCUCCUGCAGGGCAGAGUGGUGAGACUGAAUGGUCUAAUGACACAGGGCAGGGUUGUGAAGUCACAGAGGAAGUGGGAUGCUGCAGCUAGGGACUGAGGCUGGCUAGCCAAGGAUGGGGAAGAUAUUGCCUGGACGGAUUCUGUGUUUUCUGCCUGUGGAAGGGAGCCUCUGGGACUGGCAGGGCAUAUCUGGUGCCCGAGGUGGACUGAUGAGUCGGAUGCAGAGGCCUCCAUGGCUGUGAUAAGCCUGCUCUUCUUGGCAGUGAUGUACGUUGUUCACCACCCCCUGAUGGUCAGUGACCGGAUGGACCUGGACACGCUGGCCAGGAGCCGGCAGCUGGAGAAACGAAUGAGCGAGGAGAUGCGGCAGCUAGAGAUAGAGUUUGAAGAGAGAAGGCGAGCCGCUGAGCAGAAGCAGAAAGCGGAGAACUUCUGGAGAGGAGACACGUCCAGUGAUCAGUUAGUGCUGGGGAAGAAGGACAUAGGAUGGCCGUUCCAGGCCGGUGACCAAGAUGGGGGGCCUCUGCGCUGGAUGCUGGGGAACCUGUGGAACGCGGGCCUCUUCUGCCUUUUUCUCAUCUUUGAGCUCCUGCGACAGAACAUGCAGCACGAGCCAGCCUUUGACUCCAGCAGCGAGGAGGAAGAGGAAGAGAUCCGUAUCGUGCCUGCCACCUCUUACACCUGGCUCUCUGAUUUUCCCUCCCAGGAAGCCCUGGAGUCCUUUUACAAACAUUAUAUCCAAAAUGCCAUCCGUGACCUGCCCUGCACCUGUGAGUUUGUGGAGAGCUUUGUGGACGAUCUCAUUGAGGCCUGUCGGGUGCUCAGCCGCCAGGAGGCUCACCCACAGCUGGAGGACUGCCAGGGCAUUGGCGCCGCCUUUGAGAAGUGGGGGACCCUCCACGAGAUGCAGAAAUUUGUUGUCCUGGUGCCCAUUGCCCCUCCGCAGGGCACUAGGUUUGUCUUGGAGAUGAGAGAUCCGGCCCUGGGCCGACGUUGCGGCUGUGUGAGGGUGGACUCGGGAUGCCUGUGCAAACAGGAGAAGCUCCUGGGGGAUGUGCUGUGCCUGGUGUGCCACCGCAGGGAACACUCAGCCAUCUUGAGCGAGUGUAGCUCCAUCAAGGCCGCUCUCUGCACUGGCUCGCACCUGGACGUGUGUAAGACCGUGCAGUGGUUCCGCAACAUGGUGGGCAAUGCCUGGGCCCUAGUGGCCCACAAAUAUGACUUCAAGCUCACCCUCCCACCAUCUACCACCUCCUGCAAGCUCAGGUUGGAUUACCGCUCGGGCCGCUUCCUAUGCAUCAGUUUGGUUUUCGGGGUGCAACGGGAAGAUACCUUGGUCUACCUGGUGAGUCAGGCCCCUGAGCGAGAACAGCUCACCAGCGUGGACUGGCCUGAGUCCUUCGCAGCUUGUGAACACUUGUUUCUGAAGCUGGUGGGACGCUUUGCCCCUGAGAACACCUGCCACCUCAAGUGCCUGCAGAUCAUUUUGAGUCUUCAGGACCACAAGAAGUUACCCCCGGGAGCCACCCGUCCCAUCCUUACCUCUUACCACUUCAAAACAGCCCUCAUGCACUUGCUGCUCCAGCGGCCUCUGACGGACUGGCAGCACAGCAUGCUCUCCCGGCGGCUCCAGGACCUUCUCUGCUUCUUAGGCCAGGGCCUCCAGCAAAGGUCUCUCCAUCAUUUCCUCAUUGGCAACAGCUUCCUGCCCCUGACCAUCCCGAUCCCUAAGACAUUCCGGAAUGCUGAGCCUGUCAAUCUUUUUCAGCACCUGGUGCUAAAUCCAGUGGCACACACCCAGGCCAUGGAGGAAUUCCACAACCUUUUGGCCCAGGUGAAAACUCUGCCUUGCUCCCCACCGGAUGGAGGACUUUAAUGGAAAGGCCAUUAAAAAAAAAAAAAAAAAACAGAAGUUCUUUCUGAUUCCUCAGGCUACGAAAGCUUAUUUCUCACAAAGCCAAAGGUGCCCGUGGGGACCACGGGAGAGUAAGUCAUUCUUAGAAGCGUGUGAAGAAGGCUGCAGCCAGUGGAGCUUAGCCUGAGGGCUGGGAUGGCUGGUGUUUUUAGUCUCCUGACUUUAGUCAGGACCCAAAGAAAGUAAAAGUACAUGGAAGCAGCUGUCAUGGGAGGAGUUUGCUGCUGAGGAGAUCCUGUUCAGUUGUGUUUCUGCGUCACCACUGGCAGCAGAAGCUCCAGAGAGACCGCCAUCCUGGCUGGCUUCUUUCUGUGACUUGCUCCGCUCACCCUUUGAAAUGCACUGUUAGCUUAAUUCCCACCCAAACUGCUACAUCCAGCUUUCCUCCCUUCUCCCUCGAAUCAACAGAUGCAGUUCAUACUUCAGGAUGGAGGUUUUUAUAACCUCACUAGUGUGAAAAUAUAAAUAUGUCUUUUCUA